CCCCUGGGGGGUCGAUCGGACGCUCGCCCCGCAUAAAAAACGGCACCCGCUGCCAGACGGUGGCACGCCGCGCACCUCGGUCCCGCCUGCGCUGUGCUGGGACGCCCAGUCCCGCUGCUCGCUUGGACCGGCUCGAUGGACCCGACUCGCCGCCUGGCGCUGAUGUUUUUGCCGCUGCUCAUGAUCGGGGCCGCCCCCGGCCGCCUGGUUCAGGCGCACAUAGGAAAUAACGCGGAGAUCUGCCUCCUGCCCCCCGAGGAAGGGCCCUGUAGGGCCCGAAUUCCCAGCUACUACUACGACAGGCACACGCAGAGCUGCCGCCAGUUCAUCUAUGGGGGCUGCAAGGGCAACGCCAACAACUUCGAAACCUGGGCGGCCUGCGACGAAGCUUGCUGGAGGAUCGAGAAAGUUCCCCACAUUUGCCGGUUGGAAGUCAAUGAAAAUAUAUGUGAGGAGCCCAGAGAAAUGUAUUUCUUCAAUCUAAUGACCAUGACAUGUGAAAAAUUCAUGUCUGGUGGUUGUAACCGUAAUGAAAACCAGUUCUCUGAUGAAGCUUCUUGUAUGGACUUCUGUGCACCAAAGAAAAGUCCAAUAUUUUGCUACAGCCCAAAAGAUGAGGGUCUGUGCUCUGCUAAUGUGACUCGCUAUUAUUUUAAUACAAGAUACAAAACUUGCAUGGCUUUCACCUAUAGUGGCUGUGGAGGGAAUGACAAUAACUUUACUAACAUGAAGGAUUGCACACGUGUUUGUGCAAAAGCAUUGAAGAAGGGGAAGAAAAAGAAGAUGCCAAAGCUUCGUUUUGCCAAUAGAGGCCUGAAAAUUGAGAGGAAGCAAUUUUAAGCAUUUUCUUGUAUGUCAUCCUAUGAAUGGUUAUUGUCUUUAUGGUUCUAUCUGAAGAAUAAUAUGGGAGCAUGAGGAAACAAAUCAAUAGUGAUUCAAUCACAGUUUUUAUUGAACUUGUAUCAAUCAAGUUACUUCUUUAUACAUAACUUGCUGCUAUUCAAAUGUUAACCUGUUAUUUUUAAUUUACUGUCUACCUUUUUAUAAGAUUGAAUACUUAUAAGAUAUAAAAACAAAUAUGAUUCACCCAGUUCUUAGGGUUGCUAGUCCUAAUUUCAGAAGGUGAUAGUAACUGAAGUAACAUUAGACAGAAUCAUGUACUUUAAACAUAUAUAAUCAUACGAAGAACUGGAAAAUACAUUUCAUUAUGAACUUAAAAAAUUGGAUUGUAUAUUAAACCCAAGGAGACAAAAUUUCAAAUUUACCAAGACUUUAAAAAUCAUUCCAAAUAAUACUAAAGUAGACCCUACGUUACUGUACUCCCAUUUCUGUUGUGUGAGAUUGCAGGGUGAUGAGUAAGGGGAUUUAUUUAAGAGAUAAUACAAUAACUUUUGUGACUUAAUUAAAAAGCUAGUCAAUUUAUUAAAAUCAUAAAUAUUCUCCUGGGAAAAUUAUUAUGUCUCUGUCUUUUUCUCUGUCUAUCCUCAAUUACAUAUAUAGUGUGUAUACAUAUAGAUAGAUGGUCUUAAGUUUUCCUGUUGUUAUAUUAUUUCCUAAGAGAAAAUGGGUGGGACACCACUAAAAUUGUUAAAAUUUUUGUUGUGUUCUUGUUUAUAUUAUACCAAAAAUCAUGCAUGAUUUAAUAAUUUAA